UCCUUGUGCUGGGAAUGGCAAACACGCCAGAGCACGCGCURUGAGUGGCAAAUGUAUGGGCCAUUUGCUGUGUUAAAUGAUGAAUUUAACAAUGAAACGGACAUUAAUUUUUAGUUAAGUAUUUUUCCCCAGAGGCAGAACUGAGUUUCAGGGCUGGACGAGUAAAAUGUGAAAUGAGGAAGCUCCUGUUGUGGUGGAUAGUCUUGGUCUCCAGACUGCAAUGUUUUGUGGUUUCUAGAACCAUGGAGUUUGUGCAUUUAGCUUUGCGUGCCUGACAACGUGCCCGAGCAACUGGCUGGGCAUUGAAUUGGGAAGGGUCUGAAGGGUUGAUCUCAAAUCUUAAUAGGACGAAGGUGAAUCACAGUGGGUGUGUCUACCCAGGGUUUACACUUACUCCGGGGGAUGUGUACUGAGGGCGGGACCUGCUCUGCCCACAAAGGCAGACAUUUUUGCCUUUUAUAAGUGCGUGCAACUGAAGGAGUCCAGCCACUGACUGAGUGGGACCCAGGUUAUUGACUCAUCAGCAGAAGACGGUUUUCCAUCUGCCUGCUCUAAGAUGGUGAUUGCCAAGGCGUGGGUUCUGAAGAAGCAUUUUGAUGGUUUUCCGAAAACSAGCGACUUUGACCUGAAAAAGAUAGAGCUACCAAAUCUAAAGGAUGGACAGUUGCUGCUUGAAUCAGUGUUUCUCAGUGUUGAUCCUUACAUGAGACCUUACAGUCGAAGGGACAUGAAGGAAGGGGACAUAAUGAUAGGCACACAGGUUGCCAGGGUUGUAGAAAGCAAGAAUCCUGCUUUCACAGUGGGGGCCUUUGUUGUGGGCAACAGUGGCUGGAGAACUCAUUUCAUUUCGGAUGGAAAAGAUCUACAGCUCCUUCCUUCCAGCUGGCCAGAAUCACUCCCCAGAUCUCUAGCUCUUGGAACAGUUGGCAUGCCAGGGCUCACUGCAUAUUUUGGUCUGCUGGAGGUCUGCAAGAUGAAGCCAGGAGAGACAGUGCUGGUUAAUGCUGCAGCUGGUGCUGUGGGCUCUGUGGUGGGGCAGCUCGCUAAAAUUGGGGGUUGCAAAGUGGUUGGCUGUGCUGGCUCAGAUGACAAGGUUGCCUAUCUGAAAAAAAUAGGCUUUGAUGAAGCCUUUAAUUACAAGACUGUGAAAUCUUUGGAUGAAGCACUGCGUAAAGCCUCUCCUGAUGGCUAUGACUGUUUCUUUGACAACGUGGGUGGAGAAUUUGCCAGUAUUGCGAUCAACCAGAUGAAGAAAUAUGGAAGGAUUGCAGUCUGUGGAGCCAUCUCUCAGUACAAUGAUUCUGUGCCUCAGAAAGGGCCUUAUGUGCAGGUUCCCAUGAUCUUCAAAGAGCUUCGAAUGGAAGGCUUUAUUGUGAGCCGAUGGAACAACCGCCGGGACGAAGGUGUGAAGGCCCUGCUAAAGUGGGUCAUGGAGGGAAAAGUGAAAUACCAUGAACAAGUCACUGACGGAUUUGAAAACAUGCCAAUGGCUUUUAUUGGAAUGUUGAAGGGAGAAAAUCUUGGAAAAGCUGUUGUUAAAGUGUGAAGCUCAGAUAUCCCUGGGAGAGUGGUGCAGAAGAAUGUGAUUCUGUUUAAUGCUUUUAAUUCACUUGUCAAAUCAUAUGAUCAGUAUGUUUCUGUCUUUUUGCUGGAUGUUUGAUGAUGGUAACUUCCAUUAAAAAUUUGGCUAAUAAGUCUAAGUAUAUUCCAAUUGCUUUGCUCUUGAAGAAAUCAAGAGUUGCUUCCCAGAGUUAUGUAAAAACAAAUUGUGUUAAAAUUGCUAAAAAUCACAACUGUAACAGAUUUGAAAGUAGCUUGAAUCUUUCUAUGAGCAGGCUUGUAGAAAGAAAUACCAGUUUGGAAAGCUUUGGUGGUUGAUGGCACAUUUAAAGUUUACCCAUUGAUUUGGCCCAGAACUUGGGAAGAGGGAUUUUUUUAACCAAUAUCAAGAAGCGUAGAACAAGCUACGCUAACAACACKUGGGGAUUCCAGCGUCUUCUCUAGCUGGCUUUUUUUUUUUUCUUAAGUAUUAAACAAUGUAGAUAUCUCAGCUGUUCUGAGAAUAUGGAAAGGAAAAAUAAAUCUCUUAAUCUAUA